AUGACGGUAACACCCCGAGCACAAGAAGAGACUACGGUCGAGCGCCUCAAUAAUCUAUGUGCCUUGCGGGGUGAUUUCCUGAGUCUAGACGGAGAAAGGAGACAGGAAAAUCGGUUGCAGAUAUGGAUCAAUGCGCAAAAGCUCAUUCUGGCUGUCCAGGAUCCCAACGCGUCUUUCUGGGAGCUCGUUCGGAGUGCUCCAUUCUGUCUCCAAUCAAAGUUGCCUAGGAUAUGGGUGUCUUUAGUCACCUGCUGGCCCAUGACCGCGCCACCGCCGACGAAUUGGCCUCCGUAA